AUGUCUGCUUCGACAAGCCCGGUGCUAGUGAAGGCGGCUCCCAAGAAGCGGCGGCGACCUGCCAAAAGCUGUGAACAAUGCCGUCAGAGGAAAGUAAAGUGUGAUCUGGAAGAGCCAUGCGGCCCUUGUGGCAAAGCUCGCACCUCGCUGUUUUGUACCUACAGCUCGGAAUUCUCCAGGAAGCCCAGUGAAGUCGAAGCUCAGCUUGACAACGCUACAGCGUCUGGGCGCAGCGAGUCAUUUGCUGGUGUCGCAAGGCCAUCGCAUUUUCGUACACCUAGCACGACACCGAAAGAUGGCAAACCUGGAGUCACAUCAAGCGCUGGCCGGACUAGAGCUACCCACCUAGAAUCUCAACGGCCCGCACUGCACAAGGAUCAUGCUCGGCCUGGAGUCAGUAUCGGUCUGCCAUGGGAGACAGACGGAUCCCAGGGUCUUAGGGGUGACUCAAGCAGAAAUGUUCGACAUGACCGGUCUAGUCUGACAAUCGAUGCGCCCCUGCCAUGCUUGCGAGUCACAAGCGACAAGACACGGAUCUUCAACCAAACCCAUUGGUCACAGACCGCCGCUCAGUUCAAAUUUCUCGGCGAGCUCAACCACCAAGGGGCUCAGAUUCUGACCGAAGACGAGACACAUGAGCUGCGAGGCACCAUCGAUAAACUCCGGCGAAUGCGGCAUACGAUUAAACAUACGGAGACCGUCUCGCUACAAGAACCCGUGCCAAAUCUUUGCGGGACGUUUCCCUCAAGAUCUGUAUGUGAUGAAUUGCUUGAUGGCUACCUUCGAACCUUCCAACCAAUCUACCGUAUCCUACAUAUGCCAACUUUCCACAACGAAUAUGAAAAGUUCUGGGUUGAUUCAUCGCCGCAUACGACAGCUUUCAUAAUGAAACUAGCAAUGGUCCUGACAACCGGCACGACUUUUUAUUCUACACUUGCAGACCAGGAUCAUAUGAGACGGCUGGCGCAAAUCUGGAUCCAUGCCGUACAAUGGUGGCUCACGGGUCCUUCGGAGAAGGCUACGAACAACAUUGACGGUGUUCAGGUAGCAUGUCUGCUUCUACUCGCUCGACAAGUGACCUCAUUCGGGAUGACGAACUCGGCAUGCAAUGAUCUUGCCCUAAGACUCGCCAUGUACGUCGGUUUGCAUCGUGAUCCAGACCACUUCCCGGCUUUGACACCUCUCCAAGCCCAGAUGCGGCGGCAGUUGUGGUAUACUGCGCUUGAACUCACGACGCAGUCACUUUUCACUCUUUCGCUGCCUGUUUUGAUUCGUGAGGACGAUUACGAUACCAAGAUGCCUGCCAAUAUCGAUGACAAAGAUAUCGGACUGGAUACGACUCGACUACCAGAUACUCUCCCGGACAAUCAGCUUACCGAUCAUACGCUACAGCGUGCCCUGGCUUCGAGCUUAGGUCUCAGAUUACGACUCGCACGAACGAUGAACGGGCUAAGUCAUCAAUUGGAGUACGAAGACAUCCUCAACAUAAGUAAAGACCUGCAGGCUGCAUGUCGCGAUCUUUCCCACGUUGUUACCUUGUCUUCAGCACAAUCGAAUGGAAGCGCCACGCGAAUCAACAGAUUCCAAGCCCAAUACGUGGACAUGCAGCUUCGCCGAUACCUCCUGAUGCUCCACAGGCCGUUCGUGCUCCAUGCACGUCACGAUCCCAAAUUCUACUACUCGCGCAAGAUCUGCCUCGAGAUGGCUAUGAUCUUGGCCACCUACGCCAAGAGCUUGAAUCUGCCCACAAUGCCUUCGGACGACUUACCACGAUAUCUCUUGAACGUGAAGGGACCUUCGAAUGUACCUCUAAGUCUAGACGUCAUGACCAUGCUCGGCCUGGAGAUUUUGACUCAGCUGCAGGAAGAAGCGGAAAUCGACUGUACGGCUGAAGUCUCAGACGCUACAAGAAUCUUAGCCAAAGCUGCCCGCGUACCUAUCUUCGAAGUCCUCGAGCACAUCAAAACCCAACUCCAUCAGAUCAUCGCUCUAGGAAGCGCGAGCUUGAAACGAUACGGAUACCUUUCAGCUAUGCUAGCCCAACUGCACGCAAUGGAGGACGGUGAAGACGUUACCAAAGCCGUCAUCAACUCGAUAAGGGAGAGUGGGGCGAACAAGAAGCCGCUUUUGCAGGCUACGAUGGCGAGAAGUAGGGGGAAGGAUAGUGUUGAGACACUUACGCAUACGGUAGCUGAUCAGGCAUUCGCGGCUGGCUUGGAUUUGGACCUUGGGGAUAUUGGGGAUAUGGAUUUUGGAGCUGGGCUCGGUGAUAUCUUCCAUUUCCCCGAGUUGACGGGUGGUGGGUUGAUGGAGUGGUGA